UACUACUUGUCUGUGGGAGAUGUCGAUGUGCAGCGCUCUUUCCGUUGCAUGGACAAUCCAUCGAAUUUGGACGGCCUGAUGCAAGCGGUGCAGACGCACACCGCAAGAAGCUUCAUCGUCGACUUCUCUGACGAUACCGCUUGGGCAGCUUUCGAUCUAUCCGUCCAGAGCAUUGCGAGAUUGCUCGAAGCCCCUCGACCUUCAAGUAUUAGCAGCCGCUGGAUAAAUCUCUGGUAUCCAUUCGCGCAUGUGCCGGUGCUUGAAGAACUGGGCAAGCGAUACGACUUCUCGCCACGGCUCUUAGCUCUGAUCUGCUCCGAUCCAAAGCAGCCAGCAUACUCGCAAUCAAGGACGAUACUCUCCAAGCAGGUGAGAAAGAGAUCAUUAUGGGGUCGAAAGCUCGUCACCUUCGAAAUUAAAGAUCCGGAGGUGGAAAAGCUUGCCAAUGACGAGCUUUCUGAGCAUUCUUCCAUCACGAGCAAGGCCUCCAGUGUUCGCGGUAACCUGUACAAGAUCGCAUCAGACAUUUGGCAUUACUCUUCGGUGGACUUUGGACGAAACUAUGUGUGCUUAGGGUUCAACUCACUCUACGGCAACAAGACGGCGAACUCGAGUCACUCCGAUGCUGGAAGCUCGAUUAGUGAUCACCCAUUGCUUCCCCAAUGCACACGUGUGUGGACCUGGCUUUUGCUGUGUGAAGAUAACACGGUGAUCUCCAUCCACGAAGACCCUUUCCCAUACGCAAACGGGCACUUUACCUCCCUCCAACGCCGGAUCCUCACAGAGACAAGAAGGAAUCUAGUCAACGUCUUUCGAUCUUUAUCCACAGUGACAUCCGCGCCUCUUCUUGCACACAACCCUCUUACCCUGCUCCCGAUCCGCACACGCAUAGGCAGCACGCCCGAAGAAACCGCCCAUCGCGAAUCUGACGCCCCGGGGCUGCUCUUCUACUACCUGUUCGAAAACUGGCACAACUCCUAUACCCUCAUCGCCCGCAAGGAACAUUACGAGAGUUACAACAGGAUCAUAGAUCGUCUGAUUGAGCCUCAACCCGCGACUCUGGCCUCUCUACAAAACAGCCAGGUGGUCGGUAGCGAGGACUCUGCGUCCCUAAACACAAUACGCGCAGGCCCUGGGGGCAUCAUUAUUCGCGAGAAGGACAGCUUGUUGGGCGUGAGCCUUUCGUCGGCUGCAAGAGUUCGGUUCAAACGUCUACGAGACCUGAUCGAUCUGUACGCACUUUCUGAAGUCGAGGAAUACUUGAAGCAGAAGGAUUCUUUGAACUUUAGCCUCAUUGCUAUCAAACAAUCUCUGGAUGUCGACCGUUUGACGCGCAUCACUUUGCUUUUGACGAAAGCUACCAUUCUUUUCCUGCCGGUCAGCUUCAUGACCGGAUACUUUUCUGUGCCGUUGGAUGAUAUCAAGUACUCUGCGAGGACGUUUUGGAUUGCGUUUACUGUGAUU